AUGGAGCUCUACAUCCCCCCUCCGCAGACCUUCCUGCCCCGUCUCCCACCUCCGCGCCCCUCCGCUCCACCUGUGCCCAUCGUCCCCAUCCCCGAUCUCCCCGAGAUCAUCCAUGCCCCGGAGGGUGCAUACACCCUCACCAAAGACCUCUUCCCUUCCAUUGGUACACCGGUCGCUCCGCUCCCAUACGACCAAUACCGGCCCCCCAUGCCCACCGUCGCACAAACGAUGCUUGGCGGUGCUGGUGGAUUCAUCGUCCCUCCGCCGGCUAACGCCCCUCCGCCCGGACAGACCGCCAUGUCUUUCGGGACCUCGGUGGUCAAUGGACAAGUCCAGCCCGCACAUCCCGUCAAGAUGUCUUGGGUGAAUGUAUGGUUCCCGCCGAAGGGGGCGGGAGGGGGCGGAUUGGGGAGUAAAUUGGGUAUGGGCGGGAGUAAUGCGCCUGGCGCACAAGGUGCUGCGGGUCCAGUACCCAAUAUGCCGGGAUAUGAAGCCUCGGUCUCGUCUGGAUCAGACGAUCAGCCAACGGAGGCACCGCCGAUCAUCGAUGUACCCCUCACGGCGCUCCCGCAGGGCGCGACGAAUAAGCGGAAUCCGUUCGCGAGGGCCACGCCGGCCGUGGCUGCGAAUGCGCUCGCGGCGCUUCCUAGACCCAAGACGGGGCUCAGGUCGUCCAAUUCUACGUUCGUGACGAGGCUACAGGCGGCGGAUAACCUGCCGAAGGUGAUUGCGGAGAGGGGGAAGGGAGGGGGCGAGUGGGUCAGGUGGGGAUUCUGGAACCUCGGCCGGACGUUCGGGUGGGGAGAAGAGGGCGGCAAAGAACCCUUCGCCCGAGUCACAUUCUCGGUCGUCCCCACAUGUCACGCCGUUUCACCCAUCACCGCCAGCCCCGAUCGCCUAGACAUCAUCGUCGGGUUCGUCACAGGCGAUAUCGUCUGGCUAGACAUCAUCGUUGGCAAGUACUCCCGUAUUAACAAAGGCGGCCUGCUCAAUAACACCGCCGUCGUAUCGAUCAAUUUCGACCCGCGUCAGCCUCAACACUUCACUGCCGCUUUUGCCGAUUCCACCAUCAUGCAGUUCAACCUAUUCGCCGAAGAUCCAGUGACGACAGUUACCAACUCGCCUCUCCCUUGGAUCACCCACUUUGAGGGGCAGCCAACCCACUCUGUCAAUGGCAACGGCAACGGCAACAGCAACAGCCACGAAGAUGACGAGGGAGAGGAAGGGGAAGGCGGGUCGCUGAUGACGUGGAAGAACGACGAUUGGGCGCAGCUGGCACAAGCGCAGCCGGCGAAGCGAAAAGAGGGUGAGGCGGAGAGGAGUCCCUGGGCCGGCAAGAACCCUACUGCGGCGUACAAAGUGGGCAAGAAGCCUCUGACAGCCAUGUCAUACUCGCCCGACGGGAGACUACUCGCUGCGACAUUUGAGGACGGCAUGAUGCGUAUCAUCGAUAUGAGCGAGCAGCGUGUAGAGGAUACAUUUGCUGGAUAUUAUGCUUCGCUCAAUUGCGUCGCAUGGUCCCCAGACUCCCGGUUCGUCGCCGUCGGCGGACAAGACGACCUCAUCUCGAUCUACUCGCCGAGAGAACAACGGCUCGUUGCGCGCUGUCAGGGCCAUUCCGCUUUCGUAACGUGUAUAGCGUUUGACCCGAUCAGGGGGAGCGGAGGUGGUGGGUAUCGGUUCGGGAGUGUCGGGGAGGACGCCAAGUUGCUACUGUGGGACUUCACAGCCGCGUCACUCCAUCGACCACGGCAUCACGGGCACGUCCCGCACGGCUCGCAGCACCGCCUGCCACAAGGAAUGGGCUCGACCGUGUCCUUGAAUGCGCAGGGCGAAGCAGCCAAUGGGCUGAAGGGCGGCCGAUUCCAUGCUGCACCGCCACGGAGCGAAGUCGCUCUUCUCCAGCCUGUACUAGCCCGCGUCGUAGAAGGCAACCUUCUCACGGGCGUCCACAUGUCCCCCAACGCAAUCGUCACCAUCUCGCGCUCCGCCCAGGUCAAGUUCUGGGCUAGACCGCCAAGGGUCUCGGCGAAGACUACGGCGAUGCUGAGGAAACGGGUCGGGAAUGGGGCGAGCGCCGGUGCUGGAAGGAGGGAGGAGCUGGGUGGCGAAUUGCGCGCUGGUCGUGCGGGAGUUCUGGCUUGA